GUACCUUCGCUCCUCCAUGCGAUUUGCGAGUGCUGGAUUUCACCCGCUGCUCUGGAACAUGUGAACUAGGCUGUUUCUGCAAGAUACUGGACUUAUUGUGUUUAUUUUGAGAGCCUUUAUUGGAUAAAAUGUCUGUUUAAGUUGGCUUGUCACCCGGACUUAAUUCAGGUCCUGGGAGUCCACUCACUACAUGCAUUGUAUCCUAAAAAGCAACUAGGACCUCAACACUUACCUUAAGUUGACACUGUUAGAACCAAAUGCACUGUAACUGGUACAAAACGAAAUAUUUUUACACAAACAGAAUGUUUAUUGUCAUUGUAGAAUAUUGAUGCUUUGGAAUACUAUUAAUGUGUAGUGAGUACAGAUUUUAAACGGUGUAUACAGAGUAAUUAAACCACAAUGACAAUUCCAGACUAUGUUUAUCGUUUGCUGGGUCCUAAUGAAAAAUCCACAAAAGCUCUUCAUGCAAGAUGUCCAAAUGGAAACGUAACUGUUCGUGGACAUGUAAGAAAAACCUGUAAGAAGACACAGUAUAUUUCGACAUCAGCAGAUCUUCUGGCGUGUAAAGUAUUUUUGGGGAAAGCAAAAAAACGCAAUAAGUCAGUCGGCUCUGAAAAAUAUAUUAUUGUUAAAAUCGACAUUGCGAAGUUGCGCCAGCUUAGACCCAAUAUAAAAAUAAUGGAUCUUACAGAUAUGACUAUAUUAAACAAAGAACUUCCGGAGAGUGAAACUAGACCUAAAACAGGACCUAAGCAUAAUUCUAGAAAAUGGGCUACAGAAACAAAAGAAAUUUUGAUAAGCGGUUGCGAAAUACCGGUCGAAUGUAUGAGAGUUGUUUAUUCCGAACCACGUAUACUCUAUUAUCCACUGCUUCGAGAUUUCGGUAAAAAUGAUCUGGUCCAUUUUAAAGGUUAUUGCUAUUUGUCUCCUGAGACGUUAAAGCAGUCCAAAAAUAUCGACUUGUGUCAAAUGGUCGCUGUUAGAAUUGGUGAAGUCAUUGAAGUUGAAAGAUACGAAAUAAUUGACUACACUGAGCCGGAUAUCUAUGAUGAUAACAUCGAUCAAGGGAAACCUAUCGAACUACGCAAGCAAGUUUUUCUAGAAGGAGACAUUAAAGGAACAUACAUCAAGGAGUACCAAGAAUGGCAUAUUAAGACGGAUGAUGCCGAUACUGGUGACGUGUCUACACAAUUAGAAGCAAUGACACUAAGAGUGUUGAGGCCUGAUGGACGAUAUGUGGAGGCCUUGUGGUGGCCUGGUUUCCAUAGGCGGAUUCCUGAUGGCGGAGGCUUAGUUGAGGUCUGGUGGUUGAUGUGGGAGGCCUGGUUGAGGCGGGUGAAGGCCUGGUGUCAAAGGGUUGAGGAGUCGGGGUUGAUGCCUAGUCAAGACCUGAUGGUGGAGGGUGAAGAACUGAUGAAGUUUAGAUUGCAAUAUAAAAUUGUGGGUGGAGGUCAGGUGAUGGAUGUCAAUGUUAUACCAAGUGAUCGAAGACGGAUGCCUCGUGUAGGAGGAGGGUGGCAUUGUGGCUAUUUAGAGGCUUUGUGGGGUAGGGUAGAAGCCUGUUGGAGUAGGUUUGUGAUACCGUUUUAUUUUGGUUUUAGUGUGAAUGCCUCGUUGUGUAGAUAUGUGGCCACGAUGUGGAGAAUAGAGUGCAGGCGGUGGAGGAUGUAGGCCUAGUGGCGGAGGUGGAGACAUGUUGAAGGUGGCCGGACCAUCAACUGUGACAAAACUAUGUUCCUGCACCUCUGCUUCUGUAGUGGUAGUUGAUAUUGAACAUAUAUACGACAUAAUCUGUAUUUUUGUUAUGGUUUUAGGUGAACUACAAUUCGUUCUUUCAGUCUAAAGUAAUAUAAAAGUAAUCAUUUGGUGAUUUGAUUUCAAUAAUUAGUUUAUUUAUAAUAUUUAAUAAAACCAUUUGUUAAUAAUUUGGAACUAGCUAUUUGAAUGAUUGUAAUAAAAAGUUAACGAACAUCGAAUCUAUCUGCAUGUUUGCCCAAGGAUACAUUACCAUUUAACUAGUAGAUAGCAAAGCAACUAUAAAAUAGCUUAGAAGAAGCCUUACACUUCUCAUUUUCUCAGUUAACCAAAAGGAAGAAAAACGUCUAUAAAAUUUAAUAUCAUUCAAUGAUGAAAAGAGCUAAUGAGAGUAUGAUUUUGCGUAUGCAUCUAUGUGUGAGUUUAAACUAAGUAUAUUUGAAGACGCUUCAUACAGAAAACAAUUAAACUGCUUAUGAUUAUGGCCUCAUGUGUAGUGCUUUUGUAAUUACAUGUAUGAUAGAGUCACACAUUUUUACAUCUUUAAGAUAUCAGAAUGGUGACAUAAAAACAAUCAGAUAUCAAUAAUGCAAACUUACUAAUUAGAAUGUGGUAGUAUCGUCUGUGUCAGGGACGGUAGUGAAUACCCUGAUAAAUAGUGUGCUGUAACUGGUGCAUUGUAUUUAUAUAUUUUCUAAAUAAUUUUGAGGGGAGGGAGUUGGCAGCGAGUGCAUGACCUUCUUACUCUACCACGGUCAGUGCUGUUUUAUAUGUUUUGUCUCUUAUUACCCAAAUAAUAUGUUUUACCGUCACAAAAAGAAGAGUUCUUACCCAAGUUUCGAGGUAUCAGCCAAAAUAUCUAAGGAUGUUUUAUUGUAAAUGUAGACUGUUUUCAUUGUUUUCAGACGUUGUGUAUUUUUUCGUUGACUUUAUAUACCUUGGUCCUUGUACCUUUAGUAUUAAUGCGAAAAGCUGCAGAAACAAGCUCAGUAGCAAAAAGUUUAAACAUAAACCCGGUUUAAUGGCACUGGGUAAACGCCGAAGACCUAGAACAUAAACUCACAAACAAGAAACAUGGAAGAACAGCACAAAACUCCACAAACAGCAUAGUGCAUACAUACUUUAUAUAAAAAAAACUAGGUAUGUUUAUCAAGGAUUGUUAGGUACCGCCUUGGAACGGUCAGUAAAAUUUAAUGGGGGUUUAAACCAGUUUAUGUGCACAAUUCUCACUCUUGUCCUUCCUUAUCUUUAAACAAUGUUAUCUUUAUAUAAAUGUUGGUUAUGCGUUUAUUAACUAGUUUUUAAACCCCAAGUAAACUCGUUUUCCAGCCAACUCGUGUUCCACUCGAUGUUCCAAGGCGGUACUCUCAUCAUUAACUGAUAAAAUAUGUUGAUGCGUGUAUGGUCUGUUUGUGGUGUGUACGUUUUGUUUCUCUCGUUCAGAGUUUUUAGUCCCUAGCCUUAUGCAUCUAAACAGGGCUAAUGCUUGAUAUUUUAACUUAUGGGCUAGAACCUGUAUAUUGUAUCGUAUUAUUGACUGUUAUCCUUGUAUCAUGUGUAGUAUUGUGUACUAUAUAAUGUGUGUAUAGCCAAAUGUUUUUAUGUGUAUGAUUUUAUGAGAGGUUUUAUGUUAGUCAUAUGCUAUAUGUGAAAUAAUAUUACCAUUUUGUUAACUCUUAGAAAACUCGCUUUCUUAUAUUUAAAGUUGUUGUUAUAUAUAGUCUUAUCGUAGUAGUAAGAUAAUUAUUAAGUGAUGGUUUAAUUAAGAGCUAUAAACUAAUUAUUCAAUGAUGGUUUCAUUUAUAGUUAUUUACAAUCUGUUCGUGUGUUAACUCUUGCCUGAAGCAACAUAUGUGCGCUUUAAACGUAUCCAUGCUGGUUAAAAACAAUUUACAAUUGUUUAAGAGAUAUAUAUAUAUAUAUAUAUAUAUAUAUAUAUAUAUAUAUAUAUACAUAUUACACAUGUUCUUUCUUUAAGUAUGGCAUACAUAGUUUGUUUAGUUAAGAAAAUAAUAUUAAAAUAAUUUAAAAGAUUAUGUUAUUUCUCUAAGGCUCUCUAUAACUUCGUUUCCGUAUAUGGCCACAUAUGGGAAUGAUCGAUAUUUGUUAAAUUAUUUAUUUAUCAUAAUUUGUUUUAUUGAACAAUGGUUACAUUAUAAGUUAAUGAUAAUAUAUAAUGUGUGGAAACUCUUACAUGAAACAGAAUAACUACGUUUUCAUAUGUAAAUACACGCUUGUUUAAAUCAGUUUAUAACUGAAAAAUGUUAAAUUUGUAUGACAUUAAAUAUUUUGAAUCAAGUGAGAAUAAUUUUGAAAUAGAUUUAAAGUUUUUAUUAGUUUCCUAUGUCUCCAUUUAAUUUCGUUUUGGAAUAGGUUGCAAAAAUAGGGACAUGUACCGAUGCUUAUUUUUAAAUAGUCAGAACUGAAUGUAUAUAUCACUUUUAUUAAGUUAUUUAACAAAAUGUUUAUGAAGUAUAGUAAUUACAAAUGUUGACCCUGUUUUAGUAUUAUGUUUUAUUGAUUUGAUGUCAUUAUAUUUAUUUACUGACAGUUAAUGUUGGUAAUAUUGUUUGUGUGUGUGUGUUUACCUGUCAAUACUGAAUACAAUAUUUGUCAAAGUGGA